AUGUCGAGCGAGUCGAAGGGAGCGGUGGACUCUACAUGGUUCAGGCCUGGCACAGGGGAGAUGUUCGAUUUGAGCUCAGUGGCAAGGUCCGUGUAUGAUGAGGUGGGGAAGGAGUUCGAUAGCAUUCAUGCGAGGAAGAAGGAGUUUCAGCGAACGAGCUACAGGAUGUCAAGGGAUCUCUUCCUGAGACUGAUGAGCCUCUGCUUCCUUUCCGCCUUCGGAUCAUUGUUCUAUCAGAUCCAGGGGCUUCUGGGUAGCCAUGGCAUGAUCCCUAUCAGCCAGAAUCAAGGAGGUCAGUCAGACUCGCCGCUUUCCUCGUUCGCACACCAUUCUUCGUGGGUGGGAGACGCAGUCCUUGACCUGCUGUGCAUCGCGGGAGUAGGAUCCAGCGUGGCGGGAGUUGCUUUCUCUCCUAGCUUCUACUCUCUCUUCGGGUCUUGGCUCAUCUACCUUGUUCUGUGCAGUGCAGGAGUGUCUCUGCUCUCCUAUGAUGCCGACAAGCUGCUGCUGGAGAGCGGGUUCGUGGCAUGCCUGAUGGCUCCGCUAUGGAUCAGGGAGAGGAGGAGGGACAGCGACAACGUGCUGCUCCUCCUCAUCCGCUUCGUUCUGUUCAAGUUCCUCAUCCUGUCUGCAAUGAACAAAGUGACGUCGGGGUACAAAGAGUGGUUCGAUCUUACCGCUAUCGAGUUCUCCUUCGCAACCAACAUCGUCCCGACCCCUGCUGUAUGGUACCUGCAGCUUCUCCCGAGUUUCAUGUUUCAGCUUGCUGCUGGUUUUCAGCUCAUUGUGGAGCUUCUUCUUUCUUUCUUCAUCUUCUCUCCUUUUAGCUCAGUCAGACAUGCUAGCGUGCUGGCGAUUCUCAUCACGCAGCUUGCUACGGCUGUUUUCAGCAAUGAAGGAUUCUUCUUCAUGUUGAAAGUCUGUCUCCUCGUACCCGUUGUGGACGACUCUCUAUGGAGCGAGCUCCUGUCCAAGUCACGGUCAAGCAGUGCGGAAUCUGCAGAAGAAACUCCGCUGAUUGACUUUGCUCUGCCGUUCUAUGGAACAGAAACUCCCAAAGCCGAGGAGGAGGAGGAGGAGGAGGAGAAGGAGAGGACUGGUUGGUUCGCGGGAGUCUUCAAGUUCUUUGAUGGCAUUGUUGAAAUCGGAGACAGAAUGAAUGACAGCAAGUUUCUCCAACUACCCAUCUUCUGGUCGCAUGUCGCCUUCGUUCUAAUCAUUGUCCUGUUCUUCAUGUUUCGUGUGGACUGGGACGGGGAAAGCAGCAAAUCUUGGAUCGUCAUCAGCCCAACUGUCGAACAGAUGAUCACGUUUCUCAACGUUGUUGUUCCUGUUACGAUGCUUGUCUUGCUGGUCGUCUACAUCUUCCUCGCCCUCCACGAUGUUCUCAAGGAAGGGAUGGUGAUCGUCGAUCAGCUCAGUGAUGGUCAUGGGAAGAGACAGACGGUGACUGCGAGCCUGUCUCUGCUUGUUCGGGUUCUCAUCUGCUUCAUCGGCCUCCUCCUCAUCUACGCCAACCGCGUGGCCAUCGGGAGCGGGCUUGCUAGGUCAAACUCGACGUUUCUGACAGAGAGAACGGGGGCACAGGAGGCGACGGGUCUCGUCGCACCCAACGGCCUUCAAAGUCGCUAUGAGGGGAAGAAGGAGGAGAAGGAAAAGCGAUGGCCGGCUGUUACCCGAGCCCUGCAUGAUCGUCACCUUCCGUGGGGGAAGAUGUUUUCAGACGUGCAGAACUUGGAGGAGGCGAUCGGGUCCAACCCGACGCUGCAGGAGGGGAAGGAGGAGGUAGAGGAAGCCUGGGGUCGGUCAUGGGCCGGCAUGGCUUUCCGUCUCCUACAGCCCUUGAGAAUCGUCAACAUUUACUGGGAGGGAAGAGGAGGAGGAGGAGGAGGAGGAGAGAAGGAGGGCAGAAAGGGAGGGAGCCGGACGGAGGUAGUCCUCGAGGUAUCCAGCGAUCCCGAGUGCGAGGGAGGAGCAGGUAAUUGGACACAACUGGACGUUUAUUACCAGGUUGGGAGGAGGGACAGACCCCCUGGCUGGUCGCUCUUUCUGCUUCCCCGGCUCGAGCUGAAGCUCCUGGAGCUGAUCGAAGUUGGUGACUGGCGGGAGGCGUCGUGGCUGGUCAAUCUCCUUGCUGCUAUCCUUGCGGGGCAGAAUGCCAACUUCUUCCGUUCGUCAAUUUUCCCCCAUGACUCGAAGUGUGUCAGAGCAAGCAAGGUCCAGCUAGUUCUCAGCUCCUCCAGGCCAGCUGCCGCCUACUGGGAGGAGGCACAACGAUCGACUAAGGUGGAGAGCGACUGGUGGGAGGUUGAGGUCCAGGAGACCUUCGUCCCGAUCGUUUCGCCUGCUAUGCUCGCCUGCACUCCCUUCCCCAGCUGCUUGCCAGCGGCUGAAGACAGCUCCAGCACAUCCUCGGGCAGAAGGAGGCUACUCGCUACUUCCGCCAUGUCGCCUGCUGCCCCGUCAGCCCGGGCUCAGCUGGAGACCUCGAGGGGGGCAGACAAGUUGGGAGAAGCGCUAAGCUCGCUGGGGAAGCUGACCAGGAGCUUCACGUCCGGCAUGCAUGUGGGAGGGGAAGAAACUGAUGCUACUCAUCAAGCGCUUCUCCACACGUCGGCCCCUCGUGGCCGACGGGUCCCUUCGUUUCUGCGAGGAGAUGCCAUGGUCGUGGUGGUGCUGCUGCUGGCAGCCUGGAUCUUUGUCAAGCUUUCCUCUUUUAUCGACUGGGAAGAAGUUGUUGAUGCUCUCGUUGACAAGCAAUCAAGAGACCUGGGCUUCUCCUUCGCUGCCCUCAGCCUGGUCGCUGUAAUCUCCCUGAUCAUGGCCGAGCUUUGGUCCUUGUACCCUCUCGCCAUCUUCAUCGUGGCAGCGGCAGGCUGCGUCGUCUCAAUCUACCUACACGAGGUGGAUCGACAAGUGGAGUUCUACGGAGAAAGUUAUCAAGCUGCCUGUGACAUCUCCAACACCGUCUCCUGCUCUUCGUCCGUGAAGAAAGGAUCCAACUCCAUGUUCUUGGGCAUUACUAACAGCUCUGCUGGGAUCGUCUACUAUCUCGUCGUCGCUUUUUGCGUGCUCAUCAAAAUCUUUACCGACCAAUACUGGCCGAUAGUGCUUGCUUUCAUUCUCACGGCCAUAGGAGUUGUGUACUCGCUUUACUUGCUCUACUUCUCUCUCUCCGUUCUGCGCGUGCUAUGCCCUCUAUGUGCCUACGUCCACAUCUUCAACUUCAUAUUGUUUUGGAUCAUGGUAGACUUCGCGGAGGAAUUAAGGUGGCAAUGA